AUGCAGCGCAACGGAGCUCGCGGAGGCGGUCGCGGCGGCUACCGGGGCCGUGGGCGAGGUCGAGGAGGAGGAGACGGAGGUGGCGGCCGCGGUCGAGGUCGAGGUCGCGGGCCUCCGUCCAACGGGUUCAACGCGCCAGGCUCCAGCAACCGCGGCGGGUCGUCGUCGGAGCCCGCCAUCAGCCUGGACGAGAGCUUCUGCAUGGAGAUCCACGCGGCGCUGCAGGCGCUGGUGGAGGACGGCGAGCGGUCGGAGAUGAGCUUCCCUCCCAGCUACGACAUCACGCAGCGGCGCUACAUCCACUCGAUGGCGCAGAAGUACGGCCUCUUCUCCAAGAGCUCGGGCAAGAAGGGCGCCGGCCGCUUCAUCCACGUGGCCAAGGUCAAGAAGAACGCGGCCAUGCAGGAGGUUUCUUUGCGGCUGCCGGCCGCGCCGCUCAACGCGUCGACCGUGGAGUGGUUCCCUCCCGUUGUGAGGGAAUAUAUGACCAGGUAUCCAGCCCCCAACGCCGGGCUCGACCCGUGGAGUGCGCGGGACUUGAGCCCAUUGGCCUCCGUGCCCAAGCGACACCAAGGACGAGGCGGUGCACCGCUCUUCAAGCCUCUUCCGAGUCGGGGUCAGGGGCAUGAGGGGGUCAAGACCGUGAGGACGCCGCCCGUUGAGGCCACCAGGUUGCCGGUGUAUGGAUACCGAGAGCAGAUCUUGGAGCUCGUGGAGAGCAACCAGCUCGUCGUGCUGUCGGGAGACACUGGUUGUGGUAAAUCCACGCAGAUCCCGCAGUUUCUGCUGGAUGAUGCGUUGGCUCGCGGACGUGGAGAGGAGACGAGGAUUAUUUGCACGCAACCGCGAAGAAUUAGUGCGAUUUCGCUGGCGGAGCGAGUUGCGCGCGAACGAUCAGGGCCGCGUGGGGAAGAUAGCAAGGAGGUGGGGCAUGCGAUUCGGUUCGAUUCGUCUUUUGACGCCAAGCGAUCCAAGCUCAUUUUCUGUACGACGGGAACGCUGCUGAAGUGGCUCAACAAUGACCCACUUGCUCGUGGAUUUUCGCACAUCAUUUUGGAUGAAGUGCACGAGCGCGACCAGUUCACGGAUUUCUUGCUGAUUUUGAUCAAGACGUCGAUUCUCAAGCAGAGACCAGACCUCAAGGUGAUCCUCAUGAGUGCUACUAUCCAAGUGGAGAAAUUCUCGCAGUACUUUCAACCUGACUUCCCAGCGCCCGUGUUGCAAAUGGUCGGUGGCACCAACUUUCCUGUGACCACGCUUUUCCUGGAGGACGUGUUGGCGUUGCUGGAGAGUGACCGGAGCUCACCGUUGCCUAUUAUGGAUGACUCACGAGUCGGUCGUAUUGGAGGCGAUUCCAGCAGUUCAACUGGAGGAGCAACGAAUAACGGGCUGGAAUGUCCGUUGUGUGGUGGCUCAGGUAUUGCUGAUGAGGAGGCAUUCGGUAUGCACGUGGCAACCUGUUUUGGCGAACCUAGUGCGGAUUUUGGAUCUGCACCUACUCCGGAGCCUGAGAUCACCCCCAUAGCAGUUCCUGUUGCUGCUAUGGGAGACGUUUUGCAAGCCGCGCUGAGUGAGAUCGACGAGUCUGCGAAGGAGGCACUGCUUUCGACUUACAUGAAGCAACUAGACGCUCUGCGGCAGGAUCAAGCAGUGGACUACGAUCUGUUGCUGCAGCUACUCUUCCUUGUGAACCGCACGUUCCCACUGGAUGAUGAUGGAAAAGGAGCCAUUCUCGUGUUCUUGCCUGGGUGGGAAGAAAUCUCGUUUAUGGAACGGGCCUUACUUAACUCACCGGCAACGGCAGCGACGUACGAGAUUGCUCUUCUCCACUCGCGCUUGUCAGCUCAGGAGCAGCGCCGCGCAUUCAUGACACCUCCGCAUGGAAAGCGAAAACUGGUUUUGGCGACCAACAUCGCCGAAACGAGUCUUACGAUCGAGGAUGUCGUGUUUGUUGUGGACUGUGGCAAGUCGAAGCAAGCGCAUGCCCUUGCUGCGACCUCGAGUUCAUCCUUCGUAAUGGGACUGCAAACCACGUGGGUGGCACGCGCGAACUGUGUGCAACGCACAGGACGUGCUGGCCGUGUCCGUGCCGGUAUCUGCUUCCGUCUUUUUUCGAAGGCACGAUACGAAAACGCCAUGAAGGAGUUUAUGUUGCCCGAGUUGCUGACCACGCCGUUGGAGGAGCUGCUGCUGCAGAUUAAGCUUCUUCAGCUAGAGAAGAAGCUGCACAUUCGCGAUGCUAAGGAGUUCUUGCUGGAAGCUAUGGAUGCGCCCAGCGAGACUGCAAUUGAUGCCUCGUUGCAGCGACUGGAAGACAUGCGCGCCCUCGCAAACAGUGGAAAUGGCAACCAGGCACUCACACUCCUUGGUUGGCAUCUUGGACACAUUUGUUCGGGUGGAGUGGCUGUACAAAUGGCGAAGCUGCUCCUAUGGGGGCACACCUUCGGCUGCUUCGACGCAAUCCUGCAGACCACGUGCACACUGAGCGGAUAUCGAGACCCUUUCAUUAGCUUCCUCGGCAUGUCACCUGAAGAGCAGCGCCAGGUGGACGCUUCGAAGAAGGCUUUUGCACGAAAUGGGUCCCCGCCAUCGCUCAUCCUACAAAGCGACCAUUUUGUGUUGUGGAAGGCGUUUGAGGCUUACCUCGACGCACGAGCGCGCUCCUCAUUCAAGACAAAGGACGCCUUCUGUGCUCGGAACAAGUUGCACCGGCAGACGCUAGAGCAACUCCUGGCCAUUUACAAGCAGCUGCACCAAGACAUGGAAUCGAUGGGUCUCUCACCUGCGACUCAACUGGUGUCGACCCCAGUGUCAAGGACUCCUCCUACCGUGGAGAGUGUUGCCCCCUACCUGAUGGCUCUGAGUAUUGGCAUGUACCCGAACGCGUUGUUUACUCGCUCCGGCGGUGUGAGCCGCAACUGGACCUCCAAAGAGAAGGUGAAAGUGAAGAUGGACGGGUCGUCUAUGGUGACGUGGAGCAUAGCCAAUCCCCAGAAGCACAAGAAGAAGCAAGCAUCGGAGCAGGACGACAUUGGUCCUCCCGACGAGUGGCUGGUGUAUCACGAAAUGAUGCAGUCGGAGCGUACGCGUGUCGCUAAGUACGGUACCAAGCUCCCGUCACUUUUGCUGCAGGCGCUACUUAUGGGCUCCGUGGAGUCGCAGACCGUCGAAGAGCAAAAAGCUGACGAAGAAGUUGACGACGAUGGUUCCGCGGUGCCAAGUAAGUGGCUUCUUGUGCUGGACGACUGGAUAGUGUUCGAGCUGGGCAGUGCGGAUGAAGCGCGUUGGCUCGCAUUGCUGCGAGAACGCCUUCACGCUACGUUCAUCCGACACCUGGAGCGUUUGCAUGCCAAUGCUCAGCAAUCAGGUAGUAGUGCAAAGACAUUGUCGGAAGCAGAUCUGCAGCUCAGACAGCACGAUGCUGAGCUUCUCCACGCCUUGGUGGCCUGGGUCUCGUCUGAUCUGCGUCGUGGUGCUCGUCGCUAA